AUGGCCACCCCCGACAUCGUCGACGAGCACUUCGUCGCUGCGUUCGUGCACGCGGUUGAGGUGAUGCUGGCGCGUUUUGAGCGGUAUGUUUUGCUGUCUGCAUCUCACUUCACCUUCGCGUUCACCUGUCCCUACCAACCUAUCUAUUUAUCCUCGCUCCAUAGCAACGUAAAGCCGCAAGACCAAGCUAACACACCCCACAGGCGCAUCGACACCGUGAUCCGCCUCAUCGACACCGACAUCCAGACCAACGGCAUCCCCCCGCCGUACUUGUACGCUUAUCCCCUCCCCCCCCAAACCCCGUCCAAACCCCCAACUUACACUAAUCCCCCACUCCCUUGUAGAGCAUACAGCGGUCCCUACGUCCGCCUCGGCUCCUUCCUCUCCCCCGAGAGCGUCGGCGCCUUCCAAGACGUGGCCGAAGACCUGGUGAACGCGCACUGGUGGUACGCGCAGCGGGCGCAGCGCGCCGUGCCGCUGGACUGGGGCGAGAGCGAGACGGACGCGGUGUUUGUGCCGCUGUCGGCUGCGUGGGCGGCGCUGGCGGAGCGGCUCGAGAAUGCCCGGGCCGUGGUCGAGGAGUGUUUGUUUGUUGUGCGCAGGAUUGGGUGGGAGGGGUUUGGGGUCGUGGUUGUGCCCAGGACGGGUUGAGGGGCGGUGCGGCUGGGCUCGGCUCUGGCUGAGGGUGCGGGUUUGGCUGGGCUUUUGGGUUUGCGGUUGCGGGAACGGUGGCCAUGGCGAUGGCAGUGCGCGG